CAGUAGUCAUGUUCGCGGGUGUUUGUUUCAUGUUCAAAAUUCUGUUUAGCUGUUGUUUUUGUACAGUCUGGCUGUCAAACAACAAGCCGUGACUUUGAACAACAUCGCGUUCUGAUCUCAUCAAACACCUGAAGCGAGAACGACCAAUCACAUAGAAGAACUCGUCACUAUGGAAACGCUGGACGCUAAAACAGGAAAGGGCAAAGCAGCGCUAAGGAACUCCAGGUGGUUUCAACACAUUAAUCAUCGUUUUGUUUCAAUUCUAUCAGAUCAGUUGGCUGGCAGUAGGAUGGCAGGUACAUCGCGGCAUGACCGAGAGAUGGCAAUCAGUGCCAAGAAGCAGCUGGCAAAUAGUUCAGACCCCAUUGAGCGUCUGAGGCUACAGUGUUUGGCACGAGGGUCUGCAGGAAUCAAGGGACUGGGCAGGACUUUUAGGAUCAUGGAUGAUGAUAACAGUCGCACACUGGACAUGAAAGAGUUCCUGAAAGGCCUGAGUGAUUAUGGUGUGCUCAUUGAGAAAGAAGAGGCUAUGAACCUUUUUCAACAGUUUGACAGAGAUGGCAGUGGAUUAAUUGAUUUUGAUGAGUUUCUUAUCACCCUGAGGCCACCCAUGUCUAAUGCCAGAAAAGAGGUGGUGCUACAGGCAUUCAAAAAACUGGACAAAACCGGAGAUGGUGUGAUUACAGUCGAGGAUCUGAAAGGAGUAUACAAUGUCCAACAUCACCCCAAAUACCGAAACGGCGAGUGGACCGAAGACCAAGUAUUCCGCAAAUUCCUGGACAGCUUCGACUCUCCGGAUGACAAGGAUGGGAAGGUCACAAAAGAGGAGUUUUUGAACUACUACUCCGGCGUGAGCGCAUCCAUUGACACAGAUAUCUACUUUAUAUUAAUGAUGAAAAAUGCAUGGAAGCUUGACUAAACUUCUAAAACAUCUAUUUUUGGGUGACAAAAGAUGAAUUCUGGAACUAUUACAGUGGAGUCAGCGCUUCCAUUGACAACGAUGUAUAUUUUAUUUUAAUGAUGAAAACUGCAUGGAAGUUAUGAGGGGUUAUGCUUUUAAGCAAAUCGAUAAUGCUUGUGAAAUCAAAGCAAGUUUAGGGAUAUUAAUAAUGAAUCUGGAAAAUAAAAUAAUAGAUGUACUGUAGAAGCCUAAAUUGUGUGCUUUGUCAGUGGUAACUGAUUUUUAGGGUAAAUCGCUGCAUCGUAUUUGUGCUGAAACCAGUGUGGUUUACUGUAUGUGAUACAUGAAAGUCUUGUAAUUCAGAUUUAUUUAUGCAUGUUACGGCAGAUGCUAUUUUCCAAAAUGCGACUUCUUUAAGAAAUGUUUAAUAGUGGUUAUAAAAAAUAAAAGUCUAGUUAUAUGGA